AUGCGGUGGGGAGAUGCUCAGAAGACCCAGGUCUCAGAUGAAGAAGCUAAGGCAGGUGUUGUCUUGCCCCUCUCCCUGGUGGGACCUUUGUCCGGAUCUCUCACAGGUGCCAAGAAGUGGCUGGAGUGGAGAAAAGAAAUCGAGCUGCUCUCCGACCUAGCCUACUUCAGCCUCACCACACUGGCAGGCUACCAGACCCUGGGCGAGGAGUACGUGGGCCUAGUCCAGGUGGACCCGUCCCGGCGCCAGGUGCCCUCGUGGCUCCGCCGCAGCCUGCUGGUCACGCUGCACACAGUCCUGCCCUACGUGCUGGACAAGGCGCUGCUCCACCUGGAACAUGAGCUGCAAGCCGAUGGUAGCGGAGGCUCGGUGGCGCGAGGUCGCUCCGGCGUGAGGCUCUGGCUGCACCAGCGUGCCAGCCACCUGAACGAGCAGCAGCGGAGGACACUCCUGCAGGGGCUGCACGUCUGCUCACGUGGCCUCGCCUACCUACGGCGGCUGCAUGUCGCCUGCUUCUACAUCAGCGGGGUCUUCUACCACCUUGCCAAGAGGCUCACCCACGUCACUUACCUUCGCACACACCACCUGCCACCUGGAGAGGAGCUCAAGGCCCGCGCCUCCUACCAGCUGCUGGGGGCCGUCUCACUGCUGCACCUGGCGCUCUCCAUCGGGGUCCAGCUGUACAGCUUCAAGCAGAGGCAGCGGGCAAGGAAGGAGUGGAGGCUGCACCGGCACCUGUCCUACCGCAGGAGCCACGCAGAGGAGCGGGCUGGCCCCAGACAUGCCCUGUGCACACUGUGCCUGCAGGAGCGCCGGCACGCCACGGCCACACCCUGUGGGCACCUCUUCUGCUGGGAGUGCAUCACCGAGUGGAGCAACACCAAGACGGAGUGCCCCCUCUGCAGGGAGAAGUUCCUACCCCAGAAGCUGGUCUACCUGCGGCACUACCGCUAGUCCUGGGCUCUGCACAGCCAGCCAGAGGGAGAAGCACUCUGCACCAGCCGCCCUCACAGGCCCUCGAGCCCCGAGCCCCUGCGGCAGAGCCUGGUGCAGCAGACAGCCUCGGCUGCAGACUGGGACCCAGCAAGGCGCAGCAGCGGUCCACAUUUAAAGUUUCUUUUCAGGCUUUGCACUGGUUUGGAUAGUCUUAGGUUUCCUUUUCUUCCUCAAAAGUUCAUUAGCAGGAACUUAGCCAGAGCCGGAAUGUAGUCCCUUUGGAGGACAAGUGGGCUCCGGCUAGUGACUGUGCACACAGGAGCCAGUGCCUGCUCCAGACCAUGUGGGUGGGUGGGCAGGGCUCUGAGUGGGUCUCCAUCAGCAGCCAAGCCAAGCCUGCACCUGGCAAGACCUAACCUCGUGGUUCCUGUUUGGGCUAGCAUGGUCAG